AUGGAUGCAGAGAGGAGCAAGGAGCAGUACAGAGAGUGCAUGCACAACCAUGCGGCGUCGCUGGGUACCUACGCGACGGAUGGGUGCGGGGAGUUCAUGCCGGACAUGGCGAGCGGCGGCGGGCUGCACUGCGCCGCCUGUGGGUGCCACCGGAACUUCCACCGGAAGUACGUGGCCCUGGAGCUGGCGGAGGGGGGGGCGCCGCCGCCGCUGUCCUCGCCGGCGGCGUCGGAGGAGAGGGCCGGGGAGAAGAGAAGGACGAGGACCAAGUUCUCCGCCGAGCAGAAGGAGCGAAUGCAGCAGUUCGCGGAGAAGAUCGGGUGGCGGGUACAGAAGAAGGGCGGCGCCACCGCCGCCGCCGGCGACGAGAUCGCCGUUUUCUGCCGGGAGAUCGGCGUCAGCCGGCAGGUCUUCAAGGUCUGGAUGCACAACCACAAGAACUCCUCUGCGUCUCCGCCCCCCGCCGGCGGCGGGGGCGGCGGCGUCGCCACAUCCGUCAGCCCUCUGGCGAACGCCACCUUCGCCGACGACGACGACGACGACGACAAUGACAACAUCAAGGGCAAUGUCUCUUCCCUGACCCAGUAG